UACUCAAAUAAAUGCAACCUGCAAAUAUAAUUGGAUAGUAGUUCUCAUUAGGUACUCAAACAAGGCAGGCAGCACCGAUAGCAGCUUACUGAUAUGGCAAAAUGUUACAGCAACUUUGCUUCGAACACAUUUCUAAUGUUCGCAAUGUUACGCCAGUGCUGUCUACUUGUACCGGUGAGCGGCGCUGUUGUUGAGGUAACAACAAAUCCAACGAUUUUGGCAGAAUUAGCAACAGAUUUACGCAUAUUCUUUCCGGAUGAAGUUGACGCGAAGAGAGUUGAAUAUGAGGAUUUCACCGAUCCAAUUUCUGGAGAGGAUGAGGACGAUGGGUCAUAUGGAAUUGCAGACUAUAGCAGUGUCACCAUGUCAGCAACGGAGACAACAGAAGAGGAAUUGCCGGCUACCACUGACUCUAUUGUCAGUUAUGUGUUGUUUCCCACAUCCGUUGAAGAAACUUAUCACUGAGUUACGUUGUGGGGUAUACGUUGUUUAUUUGAUUAGCAGCAGUGAUAAAUAAAUAUUUUAAUAUGUAUUUAUAUUUUUUUUUAUAAAAAUCCCAUAAAUUCUGUCAGAAUACUCAUGAAUAAUACCUCGUGGGAAGCAAUUUAUCUGCAUUUCUGUUUUAUUCUGCAUUAAAUGCUUAGUCAAAAGCGUACACUGAAUAAAUGGCCUAUAGGAAAGUCAUAUUAAAAAUUUGGUAAUACAAAAAGAUAUUUAAAUAUUUUAAUUCAAAUUAAAAAAAAAAGUUCAGCAUAAUUUGAA